CCUUUUCACGUUGUAAGGUCUGAGCGAUUGUGUCCCCGGUCUGGCACGUUCCUAGCUAAAUUCUGCACGGUGUAAAAUUGGACCUUGUUUUGCUAACCCAGAAAACUACCCGCCCUUGUUCAAUUACAGAAACAACCUCUACAUUUUGUCUUCAGCCCACACCUCUAAAUCUUUACUAGACACCUCGAAGAUGGCGGUGGUAAGCGGGAUGUCGGGGUCGGCGAUAGCCCGGCUGGAGGGCCGAGAAUUCGAAUACCUGAUGAAGAAAAGGUCGGUGACUAUCGGCCGGAACUCUUCUCAGGGCUCGGUGGACGUGAGUAUGGGCCACUCGAGCUUCAUCUCCCGGCGGCAUCUGGAAAUAUUCACAGCCAGAGAAAACGGUACUGGCACUGGUGAAUUCUAUCUGCGGUGCCUCGGUAAAAACGGGGUGUUCGUGGAUGGGGUGUUCCAGAGAAGAGGGGCUCCACCUCUGCAGCUUCCCCGAAUGUGUUGUUUUCGCUUCCCUAGCACAAGUAUAAAGAUCACGUUCACCGCCCUGUCUACGGACAAAAAAGAGCCAAGGAACGUGCCUGAAUCACCGGUCAAGCCCGUCCAGCCCCAGAUCUCCCCGCUGACCAUUAACAUUCCCGACAACAUUGCCCACCUCAUGAGCCCACUACCGUCACCCACUGGCACCAUUAGUGCUGCGAACUCAUGUCCAUCAAGUCCACGGGGCGCGGGACUCUCCAGCUACAGGACGAGUCGUGUUCUUGCCUCAGAACUUAUCGGAGACAACUCUCAAUCAGAAAAUGAUAAGGAGGCCUCAGGGGAAGACAGCCCAAAGGAUGACUCCAAACCUCCGUAUUCAUACGCACAACUAAUAGUCCAAGCAAUCACGAUGGCUCCAGACAAACAGCUAACACUGAAUGGAAUAUACACCCACAUCACCAAGAACUACCCGUACUACAGGACCGCUGACAAAGGCUGGCAGAACUCGAUCCGCCACAACCUGUCCCUGAACCGGUACUUCAUCAAAGUGGCCCGGUCUCAGGAGGAGCCGGGGAAAGGUUCGUUCUGGAGAAUUGAUCCGACCUCCGAGGGAAAGCUGGUAGAACAAGCCUUCAGGAAGCGCCGGCCCAGGGGGGUACCGUGCUUCAGAACCCCUGUGGGACCCCUCUCCUCCAGGAGCGCACCGGCUUCUCCCAGCCACACGGGGGCGCUGUCUGCCCACUCCAGUGGAGUCCAGACUCCAGACAGCCUGUCCAGGGAGAGCUCCCCGGUCCCUAUGGAAUCAGAACAACCCCCCCCAGCAGCUACUCAGACCCCAGCAGUCCAGCCCAAACUGGCUGUGAUCCAGGAGGCCCGCUUUGCACAGAACUCUCCUGCCUCCCCCCUCAGCAGCCAGCCCGUCCUGAUCGCUGUGCAACGCCCAAUGCCUCAGACCACCAUAAAGCCUGUGACCUACACCAUGGCAACCACGACAGUUAGCUCUGCCCCCGUCAUGCAGACCGUGCACGUUGUCCACCAGAUACCAGCUGUCACCAUGGCAACCAUUGGUGCUCAGUCUACUUCAACAGAGACCCUAGUACCUCAAGAGAACGGCGGAGGAGAGCACCAAGAGUUCAAAGUGAAGGUGGAGCCGCUUCCGUCCAUCACACCUGCGUCUUUAGGUGGAGUUAGUCGCAUCAUCCAGAGCUCCCAGGCUGCUCCGCUCACAACUGUCACCAUCCUGCAGCAAGCCCCGCCCCUCGGCCAGCACCAGCUCCCGGUGAAGGCUAUCACACAGAACGGGACUCAUCUGGUACCCAUCAGCACCUCUGGCUCAGCGAACCCCCUCCACUUCCUGGCAGCGCAUGCCUCGGCCUCGGCCUCCCUCCCCACCAAGAGGCAGAAUGGAGAGCUGCCGGACCAGCCGGAGUCAAAGAGAGUGAAAACGGAGCGAGAGGACGGAGACGCAACAGCAGCUGCCACCAACAGCAGCAUCACGGACAAAACCAGAGAGGGGGGGGACAAGUAGCAUGCCUGUCUUAGUCCUGACCCCACCAUCCAUCAUCUUCAAGGUGCCAAAAGAAAAGCCCUGCUGGAUGUGCCCCCCCCCCCCCCCCCAUGUGAGACAAGAAGCAAAAACUCAAAGUAUCAGUGAUGACUGUGAAGACACCCCCCACCCCACCCCUGGAUGUUUCAGACCCAGACAGGCAAGAAGCACAGAAAGAAACAAAACAAUUAGAAAACAAACAUUAACCCCCACCC